AAAUGUCUACCCAGUGGUUAUAUGAGCUGUGAAGUGAACGACUAUGGAAAAUGGAAAACCUGGAUGCUGAAAAUGUCGGUUAAGAAAGUGAGACAAGCAGAAAAAUUGCCUCUGAAAUCAACAGGAAUCAACAGCAAGGCAACUAAUGAUCUCAAGAGACUCCAGUCACUGCUUGCCAAAAGUAGUCCCAGACAAGAGGUAGCAACACUGAGUCACAGCAAAGGCAGCAGCAGAGUCAGCAGUUUUUCACAACCUCCAAAACACACCAGCAGACCCAGGAAUGGGAGAGACAUCACCAGUGAAGAGUCUGAACUGGAAAACUUCAGAAUAGCAUACAAAGACCAAAGAUGCUUCAGCAGCCAUCCACUCAGCAAACUGUUCUCUGACAUUCUUACGUCUUUGGUCAAGAAUCGACUCUGCAGUGAAUGGAUUGACCAUGCACCGCCUCAAUUAGUCCUUAAAGUUCUGAUCUGCGUGCGAUUGUUGAUCAGAGAUCCCAACUAUCAGAAAAUUCUUCAUCAGCUGCAAGGCAUUGAUUUACUUACCAGGUAUAUGGAGUCUGUCACUGCCAAGUACAUGUCUUGUGGCGAGCAGGCGUUGGCCGCACAGAACCUAGUUACAAUGACCUACAUGUUUCAGAAGCUGUCUGCUGAUGAAAAUCAAAGGUUCUGGGUCAUCGAAAGUGGAGCUCACAAGACCCUGGUGAAGCUUCUUUCCACAUCAGACAGCAGGGUAUUACUGGGAUCCAUGCUAGCACUCACCACUCUGGCUGGAAGUCCAGAAUGCAAGAAGAAAAUCGGUGAGCUACCAAUCGUAGGGAGCCUCCUUAUAAUACUGCAGGAAUAUGACCUGAUGUCAAAGAGGAUGAGUGCAGAGCUGCUGAGGCUCCUGUCACCGGAGCAGCAUGUGAGGAGUCAGGUGAGGGAGCUGGAGGGAGUUCCGGUGCUGCUGAGCCUGCUGCAUGGCCGGCACCUGAAGCUGCUGUGGAGCAUCAUCUGGGUUCUGGUCCAGCUGUGCGAGGAUCCUGAGACCAGGGCAGAGAUCCGGAGCUGGGGUGGAGUGCAGCAGCUUCUGCGUCUACUUAACAGUGACAGGCAGCACAUCUCUGACCGCUCGUCCAUCGAGAUGCUCUCCAGUGCUAAUGCUGCUGGUCACAUCCUGAGGGAGCACAUGGGGGAUGAGCUUAGCCUGCCAGAGGAGGUGGACAACACUGUGGCCCUGCAGUCAGCCUGCUGUACAGCUCUGACUGAGAUGAGUCUGGAUGACACAUCUGCUCACCACAUAGUACAGGAAAAUGGCAUCUUUAUAAUUGCAAAGUUGAUUUUACCACAAACCAGUGGAACCAAAACCUCAUCUUUACAGUGCUAUGCAUUCCGGACCCUCAGAUUUCUCUUCAGCGUUGAAAGAAAUAGACAUCUGUUCAAAAGGCUCUUUCCCACAGACCUCUUUGAGCUGUUUAUUGAUGUUGGACAUUAUGUGCGGGACCUAACAGCCUACGAGGGGCUGCAAACCAAAGUUUCACUUUUCACUGAGGAGGAACUAGACAAUCUGAGAGAGAGUAUAGAAGCUGUGGAUCUGAACCGGCCUCCCCUCAGGGUGAUCAGUGGUUACUCCAUACUGGAUCACCUUGGCACAGGGGCCUUUGGAAGUGUCUUUAAGGUCCAAAAGCAAAGUGGCCAGAACUUCUUGGCUCUGAAGGAGGUGAACCUGCACAACCAGGCAUUUGGCAAAGACAAGAAGUCCAGGGACAGUAACGUAGAUAAAAUCAUCUCUGAGCUUACAAUCAUCAAAGAACAGAUGAAACACCCAAAUAUUGUUAAAUAUUACAAAACAUUUUUGGAGGGUGAAAAGCUUUACAUUGUGAUGGAGCUGAUUGAGGGUGUGUCACUGGCUGAACAUUUAAACUCUCUGAAGGAAAAGCAACAGCAGUUCACUGAAGAGAGAAUUUGGAACAUAUUCAUUCAGAUGUGUCUGGCUCUGAGGUACCUGCACAAGGAGAAGAGGAUAGUCCAUCGCGACCUCUCACCAAACAACAUCAUGCUGGGGGAUAAAGACAAAGUCACCAUCACUGACUUUGGCCUCGCUAAGCAGAAACAGGAGAAUAGCAAGCUAAUGUCUGUGGUCGGCACAAUCCUUUACUCCUGUCCAGAAGUGGUGAAGAACGAGCCGUAUGGAGAGAAAGCUGACGUCUGGGCUUUGGGCUGCAUCCUUUACCAGUUAGCCACUUUACAGCCUCCGUUCUACAGCAGCAACCUACUGACACUGGCCAGCAAGAUUGUUGAGGCCGUCUAUGAGCCCAUUGAAGAAGGAAUCUUCUCGCAGAGAGUCACAGACAUGAUCAAAUGGUGCUUAAGUCCAGAUGCAGACCAACGACCGGACAUCGUAGCUGUCAGCUCCAGGAUCUCUGACCUCAUGAUGAGGCUGAUGGAUGGACUCUAUACGUCCCAGAAUGCACUGGAACGAAGAGUCGAGAGAGAUCGGAAACGAGCGCAGAAGUACUUCCUAGAGAGACAGGAAAGCAGGAUGAACUGCUGUCAUUUUAACCAGCUCAUUUUGCAGGAAACAGGCCUGAUGAGGACCGAAUCUGUGGCUCAAAGCUCCUCAGCAGCCUGCAGUUCAGAGGACAUCCAAUAUGGAAUCAAUCAAGAGGAUGUCUCAGAUGUCGAAUCUUGUGAAGCCAGAAACACCAGCAACGUCCCAACAGGAAACCACUAUGACUUAAGGGCCAACGUUACACCUGAUCACAUUCUAGCAGGUGGAGGGCUUGGAGCUUCAAAGAUGAAACCAAGACCAGUGUCCUCAGGGAUCUGUGUGUCCCAGAAGAAACUUCGUCAGAUUGAUGAUCCCAUCCAGAGACUCCUUGUACAGCUUCACAAAAUCAUCUGUGUCACUCAACUUCCACCAACUUUGCACCACGACAUCAAGCGUCAGCUGAUUGAGAGAUUUAAAAAGUCCCUCUUCCAUCUUGGUAGCAAUCCAUACAACCUGAAAGUGGAGCUCAGCAAGCUUCUCCAGGCCUCUCCAGAACUGUUGGAGUUCAGCUCAGCCAGCUCAGACUGGUGGCCUCUGGUGCACCACCUCACUGGAGACCCUGGUGCUGCAGAUAGCACAGUUGAUGGGAAUCUCAAAGAUGGAGUUACAUACCAACAGAUGCAGGUGAUCAUUGAGGAGCUCCUGGAGGAAAACGGCUACUACGAAGCAACACACAGCAGGGUCAAAGAGGAAAGAAAUGAUCAAGAGAAGAAGUGACAGUCAUCUGGAAAGAGCUUCAAAAUUUACAUAUGAGCAUUUCUUCAAGAAACUUGACUUCAAAUUUAUUCUCAUUGGCUUCAUCAUUAUACUCUGUGGAUGGUUUAAAUGUGAUUUACUUAUUUUAAAACCAUAUUUAUACCAGAUACACAGAUAUACCUCUCUGCUUCUCAGGCAUGGAUUUCGUGUGCAGGAGAAAUGAUUUCAUGUGUGCAUAUAAAGAAAUAUAUUUCUAUGUAAUUUCUCUAUAUAUAAUUUAUAAUAUAUUUCUGUCAGAUCAGAAUGUAAAAGUGUGUGGCGGCCUGACCUCUGUGCUCGUGUGCAGCUGUUUCAGUUUUUUCAGGUCUGUCUGAGUCUAGCACUUCGCAUUUUCAGGUCCAGAUUUAGGCUUGACAUGAAGUUGUUGCAGCAGAAAUGCACAUUACACUGUGUGUGUGUGUGUGUGUGUGUGUGUGUGUCACAAAUUUUAAGCUUAUUUCCCUUAUUCACUUUAACACUUUAAUUCAACAUAUCACAAAGAGAAACAGGUCAAAAUGUAGCAACAUGCACUCUAAAUGUAUUUUCAUCUGUCAAACAUCUGUUGUAAUUCACAUUAUUUUAAAGACAAAACUGAAAAUAUAUAUUUUUCCCCACUUUAAUCCAAAAAUGAUUUGUUGAGUAGGUAUAAUCAGUCAUUAUACAAAUUAUUUUAAAAGGUUAUAAAAACUAUGUAUCUGCAUUGUGACCCAUUGUAAAUUAGAACCCACAUCUGUCAGAUAAAUUUAAUGGAAUGUAAGUAAAGCAUAAUUAUCACUACCAGUGGUGGGCCUUUUUUUUCUUUUGGGAUUUAAGUGCAAGAACAGUUCAUUAGUCAAACCCAGGUUGCUCAAUAAUGAGUUGACUCAAACCUCUUGAGUCAAGUAAAGAACCAGAGGAGUUGGCAGUCAUUUUCUCUACAUUAAAUACUUAGUUGUGACUCAUAUUCUUCAGGUCUCAAGCAGCCACAGAGGAAUUACUAAGACUGAAGAGUGUGGGGUUUAUUUACAAUGAAAUACAGGAUUACGGUAGGUCUAGAGGGAGUUAAAACAAAUUACUUUAGGUGGUCCAGACCCAAAAUAACAAACAGAACCAUGUGAACCAAACAAGGCGUAAAAUAUACCAAAACAAAGUAAAAGAAAAUGCAAUGGCU